UCAGCAUGUUCGAGCAAAACCGUGUUGCGAACACCCCGGAGACGCUGGCCGAAUAUGUCAAAGCUCUUACACGGCUUGAUAGACUAGACACAGCGCGCUUCCACGCUCUAACACAGCGAGGCUCUGGGCUUGGCGGCAGCGGCGCCGUCCGUCAAGCCGCGGAUUACGCCCCGAGUAGCAGCAGCUACACAAGCAGCUGGGGCAGCGGCGCCGGCUCGGGCGGUGGCGGCUACUAUGGCUCCGGGUCGGCGGGAGGGCCCGGUUUCGCCGCAGGUCCAGCCCUGGGCGCCGCCGGGGCCGCAGCCCUCGGCGGCAGCGGCAGCGCUGCCGGGGCCGCUGCUGAGGGCGUACUGGGUUCGCCCAAGAAUCCUCUCGUCAUGACCUUCGCGGAGCCCAGCUUCUCUAGUCAGAUGUGGCGCACGGUCCGCACUCUGGGUGGCGCCUUCAUCCUGGUGACCUGUCUGGGCACCCUGCUGGACGACAAGGGACUCACCAAGUCCUUUCUGAACAACCCGGACUUGAAGCCGCAGAUGAACAGCUCGACACGGUUCGCGGACGUGAAGGGGGUUGACGAGGCUAAGCACGAGCUGGAGGAGAUCGUGGAGUACCUUCGUGACCCGCACAAGUUCACCAACCUGGGUGGAAAACUUCCGAAAGGAGUGCUGCUGGUGGGGCCUCCGGGCACGGGAAAGACAAUGCUGGCCCGCGCGAUUGCAGGUGAAGCGGGUGUGCCGUUUUUUUACUGCUCGGGUUCGGAAUUCGAGGAGGUGUUUGUGGGCGUGGGCGCGCGACGCGUACGUGACCUGUUCACCGCCGCCAAGAAGCAUGCGCCGUGCAUCAUCUUCAUUGACGAGAUCGACGCCAUCGGCGGCAACCGCAACCCCAAGGACCAGCAGUACAUGCGCAUGACGCUCAACCAGCUGCUUGUGGAACUGGACGGAUUCAAGGCUACGGAGGGCAUCAUCGUGGUGGCGGCCACCAACUUCGCCGAGGUGCUGGAUAAGGCGCUUGUGCGGCCAGGGCGCUUCGACCGACACGUCGUGGUUCCCAACCCAGAUGUGGAGGGGCGCAAGCAAAUCCUGGAGACGCACAUGCAGAAGAUUCCCAAGAGCGCGGAUUUGGAUCUGUCAGUCAUCGCACGCGCCACGCCGGGCUUCAGCGGCGCUGACCUGGCCAACUUGAUCAACGUGGCUGCACUGCACGCCGCCAAGACGGGGCUGAAGGAGGUGGGUAUGCGCAGCAUGGAGUACGCCCGCGACCGCAUUGUGAUGGGCGCUGAGCGCAAAAGUGCGGUCAUCAGUGAGAGCUCACGGAAGCUUACUGCCUACCACGAGGGCGGGCACGCCCUGGUUGCGCUGCUGACAGAAGGAGCGGACCCUGUGCAUAAGGCCACCAUUGUGCCCCGAGGUCUAUCACUGGGUAUGGUGACCCAGCUGCCAGAGGAAGACGUGGUCAACAGGUCCCGGCGCCAGAUGCUAGCGAGGCUGGACGUAUGCAUGGGCGGCCGCGUGGCGGAGGAGCUGAUCUUCGGGCCCAACGACGUAACCACAGGGGCCUCCUCUGAUCUACGCAUGGCAACGACUCUGGCGCGGGCUAUGGUAACCAAGUACGGCAUGAGCGAGCGGCUGGGCCAGGUAGCUUUGGACUACGACGACGGGAAUUCCAUGAGUAGUGAGACGCGGGCGGCGGUUGAGGAAGAAGUCCGAAACCUUGUGCAAGGCGCUUACGACCGAGCCAGGGCUGUAUUGACGAAGCACGAGCGUGAGCUACAUCGCCUAGCGGCCGAGCUAAUGGAGAAGGAAACCCUAAGUGGCGAGCAGAUUAGAAGCAUGCUGGGGUUGCGAGUGGUGGAGGCGGCUGCAGCGGCGAAUACUGUCGGGAAACGUGAGGGCGGCGGUGGAGGCACAACUGCUAUUGGCAUGGCGUGA